AUGGCUUUUGUGGCAUUCUACUUUCUGGUCUUUCUGGGCCUGACAUGGAAUGUCUUCCGCCGGAAACGCGACAGCCCUGUGGGAUGGGUCCCAUUAGCUCUGUCCAUCGUGUUCAUGUUCAUUGGUGUCACGGUCUUUCUGGUCAUUCAGCCCGUCUACGAAUGCGGUGCCAUGUCUAACAUGGACUAUAACUCGUCCUCCAUCGCCAUCGACUGGCUUCUUGGCGCUGCGUCCCUUUUCCUCGUCGCGACUCUCAUGGUCCCGAUCUGCAAGAUUGUCACGCAAGGAAGCAAGAUUGUCGGCAUUCUGGGUGGGAUUUACGUGACCUUCCUAGCGGUUCUGUGGACUGCGAGCCUCGCGAUUUCUACAAAGCUCGCAGUCGAUGGCAGCUCCGACUACUACUACGGCUUCCGGUCUGAUAGUCUGCGGAUAGCACUGAAUGGGCUCAGAAUCGCCCUUGGUGUCUUUAUGGUCAUUGGUGUUCUUCUUGCUGGGCUAGUCAUGAUUGUGCAGAUUAUCCGCAAGUCGCAUCUUCGAAAGGGGGUAAGCCUUGCCAACCUGCAUCCAGCAAUGAUGCAUAGAUUCUAA